AUGGCCUCCACACCCACGGUCUCUCCCCCAGAUCAGCCCAACAUGGACUUCGGCAAGGCUGGUCAUCUCGUCGUCGUCUCAAACCGCCUUCCCAUCACCAUUACCAAGGAUGCUAGCGGCGAGUACCACUUCAAGAUGUCCUCGGGUGGUCUCGUUUCCGCCCUCUCUGGCUUCAAGAAGUCGCUCAACUUCACCUGGAUCGGCUGGCCUGGCUUCUUCAUCCCCCCUAAAGACCGCCCGCACGUAGACAAACGCCUGAUGGAGGAGUAUUCCUGUCAGGCUGUUUACCUCGACGAUGACGUAGCCGACCGACACUACAAUGGCUUUUCCAACUCCAUCCUAUGGCCACUAUUCCACUACCACCCCGGCGAGAUGAACUUCGACGAGGUGAAUUGGCUUGCAUAUCGCCAGGCCAAUAUGCAGUUCGCGGAAGCUGUCCGUCAGCAGAUCACACCUGGAGCAAUGGUUUGGGUCCAGGAUUACCACCUGAUGCUCCUCCCCAUGCUCCUGCGCGGCAUCAUCGAUGGCCCUACAAAAACCGGGUCGUUCACGCAAGACGAGUUGGCGAAGAUUACAGAAGGUAUCGACGGGUCCGCACUCUCGGCAGCCCACACCCCCAUCCCCGGGGUCAAAAUCGGUUUCUUCCUGCAUACACCGUUCCCAAGCAGCGAAAUCUACCGAAUUCUACCCGUGCGGAGAGAAAUUCUCCUGGGCGUUCUCUACUGUGAUCUAAUAGGCUUCCACACUUACGACUAUGCACGCCAUUUUCUGUCAUCGUGUACCCGAAUUCUCAGCCUGCCAACCAUGCCGAACGGUGUUGAAUUUGAAGGGAGACUGGCACACGUUGGCACAUUCCCUAUUGGAAUCGAGCCAGGAAGCUUCAUCGAGAACCUGAAAAAGCCAUCCGUCAUCGACCGCAUUGCUUCACUCGAACAACGUUUCGGUGGUGUGAAAGUCAUCGUUGGCGUCGAUCGUCUUGACUACAUCAAGGGCGUUCCACAAAAAUUGCACGCUCUCGAGCUGUUCCUUUCACAGCACCCGGAAUGGAUCGGAAAAGUCGUCCUCGUCCAGCUGGCUGUACCCUCCAGACAAGAUGUGGAAGAGUAUCAAAAUCUUCGCUCCACUGUCAAUGAGUUGGUUGGACGUAUCAAUGGUCGAUUCGGCACUGUGGAGUUCAUGCCAAUCCACUUCAUGCACAAGAGUCUCGCGUUUGAUGAACUCUGUGCGCUUUACGCCGUCAGCGAUGUGUGCCUCGUCUCCAGUACACGUGACGGCAUGAAUCUCGUCUCGUACGAGUACGUCGCAUGCCAACAGGCGCGUCAAGGAGUCAUGAUCCUUUCCGAAUUCGCCGGCGCCGCUCAGAGCCUGAACGGUUCCAUAGUUGUAAACCCCUGGGAUUCACAGCAGGUUGCCGAUGCUAUUCACGAGGCAGUGACCAUGGAUGCUGCUACGCGUGCGGAGAACCACCGCAAGCUAUUCAAGUAUGUCAACAAGUACAGCGCUGCGUUCUGGGGCAGCAGCUUCAUCAAAGAGAUGAGCAAGAUUGACACAGAAGAUAUGGAAAACGAUCAGGCAGAGUUGAAGGUGAAGCCGACGGACGAGGGUGCAGAGGGCAACGUCAUCGUGAAUGGGACGGUUCCAUUUUUUUCAACUACAUCCUGA